AUCUAAAGCACUGCUAAAGGUUUUGCUGCAUAAAUUCUACCUACAGUACAUAUUUAGGUACUUAGGUACAUACGAAGUAUUAGGUAGACCGUUGAGGCUGACGGGCCGCCACAUCAUUGAGCAGCCGAUCCCCAGCUGGCAAUGCAGACGCUCGUGGCCAACCCCAAUGUCUGUCCAGAAAUUGUUCUGCAGCCUGACAAGCUUCGUCACAUCUCAUAGGUGCCCCAUACCAGCUCUGCUACUCUGUCAUCUCUAAAACUCAUCACCAUCAUCAACUGUCUCGAUAUCUCCUUGCUCCUGGUGAUGUAACCGCGUCAUCAUGGCUAUCAACUACUUAAUCCUGCUAUCCCGGCAGGGCAAAGUGCGCCUGGCGAAAUGGUUCACCACCCUGUCUCCCAGGGACAAGGCGAAGAUCGUCAAGGACGUUUCGCAGCUAGUCCUCGCUAGGCGAACUCGAAUGUGUAACUUUCUCGAAUACAAAGAUACCAAAAUUGUCUACCGUCGUUAUGCCUCGCUCUUCUUCAUAGCUGGCUGCUCGUCCGACGAUAAUGAAUUAAUCACCCUCGAGAUCAUCCAUCGAUACGUCGAACAAAUGGACAAAUAUUAUGGCAAUGUUUGCGAGCUCGAUAUCAUAUUUUCCUUCACCAAAGCUUAUUAUAUCCUUGACGAGAUAUUGCUCGCUGGCGAGCUCCAAGAAAGCAGCAAAAAGAACGUUCUGCGGUGUAUAGGGCAGCAGGACUCACUGGAAGAUAUGGAGAAUAUGGACGAAAUCGAAGCGAAUCUUAGAAAUGCUGGGUUUAUUUGAUCGCCCGAGACUUGCCGACCAGACGGGCCAGAGUGCCGCAUACCUACCGCUCUUAGCAUAUAUGAAGCAUCCAUUCGAACACACGACAGCUAUGACGCCCCGAGCUUAUAUAUGUGAACA